UGAUAAUAGCAAAAGAGAAAAGACCCAACCACUCUAAAUCCGAACAGCCAAAAAGAGGUCUCAUCUCUGAGGUUUCAACAAGCUCCGAUGAUGGACUCACUACCGAAGCUCAGCCCGGCUGAGCUCAACGCUGCAGCUCUGGAGCGUUUUGUCGCCCAGCCCGUCGACGAGGAAAUGAUCAGGUACCUGGCAAAGGCCGCCACCGGUCUGACCGGACACGGUGUCCUUGCCGGUGCAGACGAGACUCUCCCAACAGUAGCAGGACGGGUUGGUAGGGGUCUGCCUACGAUCGAGAGGUUCAUCAUGCAGCUAGUGGUUUCGUCCAACGUGCCAGUACCAACGCUGAUGUCCUCCUUGGUGUAUCUGCGUCGUCUGAAACCCCGCGUCCAGCCUAUGGCGAAGGGUUUGCGCCAGACCCACCGCAUUUUCCUGGCCUCGCUCAUCCUCGCGGCGAAGUACCUCAACGACAAGAGUCUCAAGAACGCGGAUUGGGCCGCGUAUAGUGUCAUCCGGACACAAGCCUACAGCUUUGGCUUCAGUAAAACUGAAGUCAACGUGAUGGAGAGCCAGCUAUUGUCGCUUCUCGACUGGGACUUGGGUAUUAGUGACGAAGAUCUCUACCUCGAGCUGGACUACUUCCUCGCCCCCAUCCGCGCAGAUAUUCAGCCCGGCGCAAAGUAG